AUGUCUCGCCAAGAGAUAAAACUUAAAACUCGCAAAAGAGUUUACUCGUCUCAUGAUAUAUUCACUCUAUUCUCACCCGAAAUUAUUUUUCAUAUUCUUGGUCAAUUAACGCUCACUGAUAUUUUUGCUGUCGCAUUGGUUAACAAGCAUUUAUGUGAAUAUACGCGAGACAAUUAUCUAUGGCGUUUAGUGUGUUUGAAUCAAUUUGGCGAUAGCUUUGUCAAGGAGACUAUUACAAAAUUGAAAAAAAAUUCUAACCAAAUUCAAUGUAAUUGGAAGCAAAUUUGUAUUGAGCAAUACCGAAAAACCGCUUUCCUUGCUGAAAAAUGUGAAAUCACUUCUUUUUGGUAUGAUGAAUCCGGAAUUGUUAAAACCAAUGCACGAGACGCAUACAUUUUGAAUAAUGAAAAAAGUAAAUGUGGAAAAACUGUUCUAAUUCCUUCACGAGACGAGCUGUUAUCAACCGUACUCGAAAAUGUUCCCGCUGGGACGUAUCGUGUUAUCUGGAGAAUGCGUGUACAUCAUUUACAAGUACUGAAAGGGACUAAAUUCAUAGCAAGAAAAUCUAAAUUUGCACCCAAGAAAUACGUUUACGAACCAAAAUACUACGAUUACUCGGAAAACACGUUAGGAAAAAAUUUCGUUGACUAUCAAUUACCAUUUAAGCUCGAAAUACCAUCAUUUAAUAACAAAACUCAAAAUUGUAAUGUCUACGUAGCGUUCGAAU